UUUUAUGGGUCGGACUCAGCAAGGCUGGCCAAAGGAUCAGCGAAUGGUUUGGAAACCCGGUGGAGGAAAAGGAAGUUUUGUGCCGGGGCAGCGGGCGAGCGGAGUCGGCUUCUCGCAGACCGCCGGAAAGAGGCCCAUCGCUUCCCAAUGCCGAGGGAAGAGAGACGUAUCUUUUCGGCCCUCCGCUCCUUUUCGUGGUGAGGGAACCUGCCCACUCGGGCGGCAGAAUUAGAGGGAGGCCGAACUCUUUUUCUCCGCCGCAGGGGAUCAGCCGGAUCGACCUGGGAGCCUCCUGUGAUCUGCCGCCAGGCUAGGCUGAAGAGUCUUCUGUGGGGAGGACCACUGGUCCCCUCGCCUUCUGAAGAAAAGCAGCGCUGGAUUACGUGUGUGACAUGUCUCCAGCCAUCUCCUGUAAGGAUAAUAGUCGGCAUCGCCGGCCAGGCAACUACCAGAACGCCCUGGAUGUGAUGCAGAGUAAGCCUGCUCCCCUGGACUUCUAUGAAGAUGGCCCUGCUGACACGGUCGGAAAAGAGGACAGGGAGGCACUGCUUCAGGAGCCACAUGUCCAGCCUCUGGAGUCUCCCCAAGACUAUAGAGCAGAGUUUGGCAAUAUCUUGCUGCUUCUGUUCCUGUAUGUGCUGCAAGGGAUUCCUUUGGGGCUUGCUGGCAGCAUCCCCCUCAUCCUGCAAAGCAAGAAUGUCAGCUACAAGGACCAGGCUUUCUUUAGUUUUGUCUUCUGGCCUUUCAGUCUGAAGUUGCUUUGGGCUCCCUUGGUGGAUGCUGUGUACUUCAAGAGCUUUGGUCGCCGAAAGUCUUGGCUUGUGCCUACUCAAUACAUCAUAGGUCUUUUUAUGAUGUACUUGUCUGUGCGGGUGGAUUCUCUGCUUGGGGAAGUUGAUGGCCAAAGCCCAGAUGUGGUGGCCCUUACUGUGACCUUCUUCCUCUUUGAGUUCCUAGCAGCCACUCAGGACAUAGCUGUAGAUGGCUGGGCAUUGACUAUGUUGUCGCGUGAAAACGUGGGCUACGCGUCCACUUGUAAUUCUGUGGGUCAGACGGCUGGCUACUUCUUGGGAAAUGUCUUGUUCCUGGCUCUUGAAUCAGCUUCCUUCUGCAACAAGUAUUUACGCUUUCAGCCUCAAGCCAAAGGAAUUGUUACACUUUCAGAUUUCCUGUUUUUCUGGGGUGCUGUUUUUUUAAUAACUACUACCUUGGUUGCACUUUUGAAAAAGGAAAACAAGAAAACACCAUCAAAAGAAGAGACAAAAGGAAUCAUGGAUACAUACAAGCUGCUUUUCUCAAUAGUCAGAAUGCCAGCUGUCCUUAUGUUUUGUGCUCUAAUCUUAACAGCAAAGGUUGGUUUCUCAGCAGCAGAUGCUGUAACAGGUCUCAAACUGGUAGAAGAAGGUGUGCCUAAGGAACAUUUAGCUCUGCUUGCUGUUCCAAUGGUUCCAUUGCAAAUCAUACUGCCCCUGAUCAUCAGCAAAUACACAGCAGGGCCAAAGCCCUUGAAUACAUUUUAUAAGGCUAUGCCAUUCAGGCUACUGUUUGGAUUGGAAUUUGCUCUCCUGUUUUGGUGGACUCCCAAAGUAAAGUAUGAAGGAGGAUUUCCAAUCUAUUACUAUAUUAUAUUAUUGCUGAGUUACGCCUUACAUCAGGUUACUGUGUACAGCAUGUAUGUUGCUAUAAUGGCAUUCAAUGCCAAAGUUAGUGACCCACUCAUUGGAGGAACAUACAUGACAUUGCUUAACACAGUGUCCAAUCUGGGAGGAAACUGGCCAGCCACAGUAGCUCUUUGGCUUGUGGAUCCACUUACAGUGAAGCAAUGUGCUGGAAUUCAAGGACACAACUGUGGGACUACAGCUGCUGCAGAACUUUGCUCAAAAGAAGGUGGAUCUUGUGUUACUACUCUGGACGGUUAUUAUGUGGAAUCCGUAAUAUGCAUAGUACUGGGAUUUGCUUGGUGGCUGUUCCUUGGGCCCAGAUUGAAAAGGCUGCAGGAUGAGAAACCGGCGUCAUGGAAAUGCAGAAGAACCAGUUAAUGGAAAUGAAAUACCAGAAAAGACUAGCUAAAAUCGCUAUAGCUUUGUCAUGUAACAAAUAUACAAGAGAACAAGUAUCACAUCUAAAAAAUGGUCAGUUUACACAUGCCAAAUGACUUUACAAAAGCUAAAGUCAAGUCCUGUAUGGAUCAAUUACAAAAUUUGCCCUCCUUAUCAAAAAUUACCCUUAAGAUUGUUGUUGUUGUUUUUAAAUCACUUUAGAAAAACAGGAUUUAAAAACUAUGUUACUGUUCUCCUAAACUACAGUUGCUGCAUUUCUUCCUUUUAUUUCCUUAAAGUUACCUUUGAAGAAAAAGCUGUCUUUAAGGGACCUUAUAAUAAUUUUGAUUUAUAUUAAACAUGGAAUCUACAUGGUUAAAAUGCCUUAGAAAGAAAAAAAUGUUUAUAUAUAUAUUAUUGUUUUAUAUUGCUUACCAUAAUUACAAAUAGGUCAAAACAAUGAGGAUAACAGAUUCUAUCGGGUUUUUUUGUUUUGCCUUGCUUCUAUGAAAUUUAAAGAUUUAUAAAAAUAUUUAUAGUAGUGAAAAUAUUUUUUCUUUUAAAGUACAGAUUUUGGUUCUCCACACGUUGAUUUGCUAAUAGAAAUAGUUUCAUCAUUACAGCACUAAUAAUUGUGGGCAUAAAAAGCCCCAAGCCAUAGAGACUUAUUGGUACUGAAGUUUUUGAAAAUAUUAGGAGCAGAUACAAAAUUGAUGAGAACAGUUUGUACAUGAAAAACCAAACAUGAUUUAUGAAGAACGGAACAUACUUUUGUUUCUUUUAGUGGGGGACCCAAAUAGGACCAAGCAGGAUAUUCAGUGCCUUCUGGAAAUAAGUUAAUGUAAGAUGGUGAUCAAAUGUCUGUACUGUCAAAUUUUAGAACCUAAGUGUCAUUCUCAUAAAAUAUACCCAUUUCUGCUGAUGUCAGGAAUCUAAGUAAUUGUUGCAAUGAACAUUAGAGGAAAUCUUUUUUUUAGCACCCUAAUGAUGUACAAUAUAAUGUAUAUCAUAUGGAAAGGGGCACUGUAUAGCAUUUGAUGUAUUGUAUACAUCUUUCAUAUGAAAAUUUCUUCAAAAGUUAAAAGAGUGUCAUACUUUUAACACUGAGGUGAAAUACUGAAAU